UGGCAAGCAAUCUCUGAACAAAUCUUGCCAAGAAAACCCUACGUAGGGUGGCCUUACUGUCACCAUAAGUCAGAAAUUACCUGGAGGCACACAACAAUAACAGUGAUGCAGUAAUUAAAUGCAGAUCACACACUAAAAAACCUUCCCUGAAAUUAAGUUUCUUUCUCUAGCUCUCCACAAAUCAAUGUUCCUAUGAGAUACUCAAGAGAUGAUAAAAGUUAGUUGUUGUUGUUGUUGUUUGGACCAGUGGCCAUGUUAGAUGGCAAUUUCUGGGCACUGUAGUUCAAAAAGGAACAUUUUCCCCUGCUGCUGAGAAAUUCCAUAAUGCAUUGUGCGUCUUUUGGAAGAAAUACUCUGAACUUUUAGUAGAGUGAAUGUGUGAUGCAGUUUUGUAUGCUCUCCUUUUAUAGCUAUACCAAUGGACUACACAAUUAUAAUGCUAUGAUUCCACUUUAAUGGCCAUGUUUUCAUCCUGUGUAACCCUAGGGUUUGUAGUUUGGUCAGAUGCACCAGAGAAGCUCUCUGGCUGAGAAUUCUACAUGCUCUACCCUAAGCUGCCAAUCCCAAUUAAAGUGGAAUAACAGUGUUAUAGUUGUGGAUUCCAGCAGAAAGUGAAGAGCUAUAAAAGGAAGAAUUUCAUUGUCAUCUCUUCUUCUUUUGAUGCUUCUCAGUUUAGGAUCCCCUUGUGACUAGGUAACAGGUUGUGAUAUAUGGAGUCCCAUCACUUGAGAAGAGAAGGGGAUCAUAAAGAGGGAGAGUGCUUUAGAGAAAGGAAAAUGCUUUCUUCCUGGAUUUCCCCUAAACCAUUCUUGAACACAUAGCAGGGCAAAAGAGCUACCUGCAGUACCUCUAGGGACAACAAGAAGGAGAACAGUAUUUGAGUGUAAGAAAAAAACUCCCUCCCCUCCUGUCAUUUUAUGUAUGCCCCUUCUCUUGCCUCCCAGAAUGUUUCAGGGAUGGCACAGUUGUGGCUAGAGCUCACUUUGAUGCCUGUCAGAAGAGUCCUCAGUGUAGAGUGUUCAUUUGUUCCAGCAAAAUCAUAUUACUACCCAGGCUCUGUUGUUGCUUGCCCAUCCAGUUGGCCUCAACCCUGUGGAUGAAAGACCUCCAAAAGACCCUGUUCUAAAUGACCUUACUCACAUCUUGCAAACUCAGGGCUGUGGCUUCCUUGAUUGAGUCAAUUCAUUUGUGACAAGGUCUUCCUGUUUUUCUACUGCCUUCCACUCCAAUGUGCAUUACAUCUUUUCCAGUUCAGGGUAUAAUGUGAUUAAUAUAUGUGUGAAUUCCCUUUGUGGGCAAAUUGUUCAAACCAUUUGUCAAUCACUUGUGAUGUGCUGGACUGGUUAUGGGAAUGUUACAACAUGCCACCCUUUGCAAUUUUCUGUGUCCAUUGCUGAGUCUACUUAGGGGAGAUUUUUGAAGAAGUGGUAUGUUGCGAUUGGGAGACAUGCUCAGUCUCAUGACCACUUCCCCCACAUCUCACGCUCAAAAAGAAAUGCCAUAUAAGGUGUUCUUGGUGACCAUUACUGAGAUGGCAAAGACUUACUUGUUUUUAAUGUUUAUGAAGAGACAUGCCUGUGUCUGUGUGCAUUGAUCAGUCUUUCUCACUCUGGGUUUAACUGUAUGCUAGGCUCCAGUUUUCCUGAAUCCCCUAACCAGUGCAGCUGGUAACUAGACUGAAAGGGGAUUCUGGGGAUUACAAUCAAAAAAGUAUCCCCCCCCCCCCAAGAUCUGGUUAGUGCACAUGCCAUCUGUAUAUCCAGUUGAAUGAUUUAUAAUGUAGGGGACAUAAUAUCAAUAAUACUUAGAGGAAUUAUCUUGUUGAAGGAAACAGGUGUGAAGUCAUUGUGAAGCCACCAACCACACAAGUCUUAUUAGUCUGUCUUAUAUUUAAAGCUAUUGAUUUACCAAAAUGACUUGGAUUUCCAAAUAGACUUUAGUAAGAAGAUAAAGAAGCCAAAACGUUGGCAUUCAUCCAAAAUGAUUGUUCCUUUUUUGGGUAGAGGAGUAAACCAUCUCCAGUGGUAACUGGAGGCUCUCAUGUCAGAGGAAUGGUAAAUUUUCUUCAGGUUUUCUUCCAAACUUUAAAAACACUGUCCAAGAUGCUGAACCUAUUCUGAGGGUAGCUGGAUAGUUCUUUUAAACUUCAAAGUAAAAACCAGAGAAGAUUCACUGCCCCACUGAUAUAAGAGCCACCAGACACCACUGGCUUUCUCUGAACCUGGUUGUCUAUGAAUCCAUGUGGUUGAAAUAGACAUGGUGUAUAAAGUAUACUAUUUGUAAUACACACAUUUCUCACAGUUGUGGAUGGAAAAGGGCAAUAUAGUGGAGUUUACCUUUUUACUAAAGGUUUAGAAGUAAACAGAUUUUGGAUGGGGCUCCCCAGGAGUUGAGAUGCUUUCACCCAGGCUGUGUUCACAAUAAUCUAAUAAAUAUGUGGGUUAAUCUGGACCAUUUGCUGUAUUUUGGUAUACUGUAUCUGACACACAUUCCAAAGAGUUGCCACAUGAUUAUUUAAAUUUGGUUAGUUAAGAGGUAAUAGGAAGUAAUUUGUAGGAAUUGUUCAGUAGUCUACAUUGAUUGGCAAAUAUCAUAGUAGAUCUACUUUUCCCUAUUUGGCCAUAUGGUGAAGAUGUUGGCAGUUGUAGUCCAAGUGCAUAUACAGGGCAUUGGGUUGUGGCUGUAGCAGGUGGUGCAGACCUCAGUCUAUUACUAUAAACUUGAAAAUGUUGCAGCAGGUGAGACAAGAAGACAACUUAAUUGUGUACUUUCCAUCCAGUUCUUUAUGCAUGUGGCUGCUCUAUGGAUUGCCACUUGAUAUUCUUUGGUUUAUGCCUUUGGGCUGAUUAUAGAGUUUGGCACAGCUCCUCUCCUUUGGGUUUAAUCCAGGCAAGAUAAGGAGCAGCUCAGCUUUUGCAGUAAUGUCACUGAAAGGGGUGGUCAUGGCAACGACUCUCCUGGGACCAGUUAUGCAUUGCAAGCACUUUGUGUUUGUGCUUUCAGGAGUGUAACAAGCUAUCUGUGCCACUGGUAGUGAGAAGAAUGGGCUCAGUUUCAGAAAUGCUCACCUUGGUCCCUCUUCACCAGAGGCCUGAUCUCCUGGAGGCCUGUGCUGACCUCAUCAAUGAAGAGUGGAAAAGGAGCAGGACCUCCCGCCUCCACUCCCUGCAGAGAUCCAACGACAACUUCCCCAUGUGCUUGGUGCUGAUCAGGACUCAGGGAUCAGUGGAAGAAACUGCUGAAGAGAAGUUGACCAAGUGUCAGUCUCAGCUCUUGGGUCAUGCCCGGCUCUCCCGUGUCAUUGGCCAGCCUAACAGCCUAUUUGUGGAGACGGUGGUGGUUGCCAAGGCUCUCCGUGGGAAGGGUUAUGGCAGGAAGCUGAUGGAAGCUGUCGAGAGUUAUGCCAAAUCCCGAGGCUUUUGUCAUUUGCACCUCACCACCCAUGACAAGCAGCAUUUUUAUGCUCACCUGGGUUAUCACUUGUCCAAGCCUGUUCACUGUGCAGGAUUUGUGAGUUCCCUUGUCCCUACUGAAUUUCUGGAGAGCGUCUCUCAGCCUCAGCGUGAUGAAGAAUUCCCUGCAGAGUCCAGAAGGCAUAAUACAAGUUCUGGAGUCAAUUUCCCUCCACUGCAACCUCCUGCAUCCCUUUCUCUAUCCUCUGCUUGUUCAGGAGCUUCUCCCCCACCUCCACUCCCACCUCCACCCCCUCUAUUGCCACAACCCCAUUCUUUCCAUAACUCCUCUUUCCAGACGGUUAGAGGUCAACUUAAUUCCUCUUUGUUUGUCCCUGUUCCUCAUUCUGCUGACAGCAUGAGUGCCACGACUGCCCCACUGCCCACUCCUCCUCUUCCACCACCACCACCACCUCUUGUGCCUCCACCAAUGGCCCCUUUGCCAGGACAGCCAAAUUCAUGUGAACCUGCCUCUUCUGGCCCACUGGGGAACAAAGCCCAGGGACAGAUGUUUCUAGAAACUCCAUAUCGUGACCUCAAAGGUCGGCCCAUAUUCUGGAUGGAGAAGGCCAUCUGAUAUUUUUCUUUCUUUCUUUCAUUGUGUGCCACUGUGUAGAAGCUGAAAUGAUAAUUGGAGGAGGGGAAACAUGUGAAAAGGAAAAGUCAGCUUUUUAGCUGUGGUGGGAGAUCAUUGUUUUUUAAACAAAUAAGCCAACAAAUUUGAUUUCUUAUGAGUUUUAUUUUAUCAGACUCCUUUUAAGAGAAGAGCCCAUUUAGAUGCCGUGAAAACAUGAAGAUGCUAAAGCAACAAUCUCGGUAUUUUGAAUUCACAAGCCCAUGCCUCUUACUUUCUUUUGGUGUAAUAUUCUUUCCUUAUUGAAUUACGCUGAUUUUUGCAAUAGCACAGUGAGUGAAGCUGCCCUGAGCUUUGUAUGAAAAAUGGAUUUGCUUAUGUCUGAUUUCAUUUAACCAAUAAACAAAGAUCUGAACUGUC